CGCACUGACAGGCGCUUGGCCAAGGUCGAAGCCUCUAAAGUGUUUGUUCAGAUUGAGCGGCAAAAUCCUGGUGUCACGACAAAGGACUGGCGCGUCAUUGGUGGGAAGAGGAAGGAUGAUCAUCAGAUUCUUGUUCUUGCUAUUGAUGAAAUGAAUGCGCAGGUUCUGAAAGAUCGUGGCUGGAUUAUCUAUCUGGGUCUGGGGAAAAUACAGCUCAGAGUUAUCUCUGGUGCUCCCUCUGAUGACUCAGGUCCUUCAAGCGAACCUACAACACAGUAAGGCUGCCACGGCUGUGUUCUGUCUGAGCACGGUUAAGCAGUCCUUAGAUUAUGCCUUGAUUCAGGAACCCUGGAUCAAUAAUUUUAGAAUUGCGGGGAUGGGAACUAUAAAGGGUAGUAUCUUCUCUGCAUCUGUACCACACCCUAGAACUUGCAUUUGGGUUAAAGAGGGGCUAAAAUGUAAUCCAGUUCUAGAGCUUUGUUCGAGGGACGUAACAGUAAUUAAGACUGUAUGUACUAAAUCCAACAUAAAACUGCUGCUGGCCUCUGUUUACAUGCCACAGGGCGACGAUGGACUGUUCCCAUCGGCCGAGGUCAGAAGAUUGGUCGACCUCGCACACGAGUCUGGAUCCGAACUCGUGAUAGGCUGCGACUCCAAUGCCCAUAAUACGGCCUGGGGAUGCAGGGACACUAACAACCGAGUGCAGCAGGAGGAGGUGAGUCCAGAGCGGCCUAACCUGGGCCGUCGUGCCACUCAUUCUAUGUGGAGCACUGCUUGCCGCAUAGUCACCUUCAGCAAGGUAAGAUGGGCUGUUGGCUUAUUACGACCCUUCAAAUCGCCGGGUCCUGAUGAGGUAAGACCUGUUUGUUUGCAGGAGGGUCUUGAUACAAUUAUACACCCACUCUGUAAACUUUUCAGAGCCAGCUUAGCCUUAGGACAUAUUCCCUUAGGGUGGUGUAAUUCGCGUAUCGCAUUUAUUCCUAAACCAGGAAGGGAUAGUUACACUGACCCUAAGUCAUUCAGACCCAUUUCUCUAUCUUCUUUCUUUCUUAAGAUCCUAGAAAAGUUGGUCUCAAGAUAUAUGAUGGAUACAGCUCUUAGGACACAUCCUUUACAUAUUAAUCAGCAUGCGUAUGUCUCAGGAAGAUCAUGCGAGACUGCGUUGCACCAACUUGUAAGCAAGAUUGAGAAAGCUCUAGAGAGCAGUGAAGUGGCCCUGGGUGCCUUUCUCGAUAUUCAAGGUGCUUUUGACAAUACUGGUACUCCAGCGAUUCUUAAUGCGGUGAGAGCAAGAGGUUUUCACGGUAUAAUAUGUAGAUGGAUUGAAUCCUUGCUUCUCAGUAGGAAGGUUAGGCUCUCACUCCACAAUGAUACGAUCGAGGCAAGAACUACUCGAGGAUGUCCUCAGGGGGGGGUUCUUUCUCCUCUACUUUGGAAUUUGGUAGCAGACGACCUUAUAAGGACCCUCUGCGAAAACUUAUGGAUAGCCUCAGGGAACAAUAAAGGGCACUCUAAAAUUGUUCAGGUGGUACAUAAUGAUGAAUUGGACUUACCUUCAGAUCACAUGUCCAAAAAAUACUCCUUUGGAAAGCCUUUCAAAGUACUAAUACCAGAUAGGAAGGAUUGGUCUGGCGGAAAAGGACCCAUACCCACAGGUGACUUAGAAUGCUAUACUGAUGGUUCUAAGAUCAAGAAUGGGGGCACUGGAGCAGGACACUCAGGCAUUAAGGGAAAUGAAGCUGCAGACAGAUUGGCAAACACUGCCUCUGCGACAACAUUGUUAGGCCCGCAACCCUUCUGUGGCAUCUCACGAAACAGUGUAUGUUCUGCGAUUGCGUCAUGGGCCAAGGAAAAGCAUCGCAAACGCUGGAUCGAUUUUCCCCUUCUUAGGGUCACCGGAGGAGCGAUGAAGCUGGACGGAGUAGGGGCUUGUCAGAGUCCAAACGGAGGCCACAGGAUGCCACGUCCUAAGACAGCAGUGGUGAUAUCAGCGCUUGAACAGGACAGCCUGCUGAAUGCAUUGUUAUCACCGAUAUACACACCGUCUAUUGCCAAAGCAGAUUAA